CCAAACGUCACUGGAAGCAGGAACUGAGAAAUGAAUUGUGGGCAGAUUCACAGGAGAGGCUUUGAUCCGACAGGAAGCAACUAAAUCUGAGACCCUCUGCUUAAUGUUUUGAUGUUUGACCUACUAUAUUCAGUAUCGCUCACCAGCAGUUUUUAGUAGCUUUCUCUCUUUGUUUUAAUGACUGGCCAUCGAUGGAUCCGUUGGAUUUCCUGGAGUCCUAUGAACUGCUGCAGUUUUUCCACUGUAAUAAAACAGUGAUGUCCUGCAUGGAGAACCCGCACACCUUUCUCAGCCAGCUCAGGGAUUACAACCUGAUCCCCGAGGACAGAUACAAGAAGGUGAGCCGCAUGAAGAGUAAAGAAAACAUGAAGAGGGCCAUUUAUGAUAUUUUGGACUGGCUGGAGAGAGAACGAUCACAGCACAUCAGUGUGUUCUGGACAUGUGUCUUCCAAGACAUCAUCCUGAACCAAUACCCAACCCUGCGCCUGCUGCGUAACAGCCUCAUGGACGGAUCUUUCCAUUUUAAUAAACAACUGCCUGAAAGGGUGGAUAAGGAAGAGACAGACAAAAGGAAGGAGCUCUCUGAAGAUGAGGAAAAAGAGGAGGAACAAGUGAACUCAGUGAAAAAGAGGAGGAAACAGAGAAGAAGGAGUGUGUGUGAUGAUGAGGAGCAGCAGCCUGGUCCAUCAUCUCAGCUGACUCCAGGUCAGAAGAGAAAGUCAAAGAAAAUAUGCUUCUCUUCUCCGAUGAAGAAGGGAGAGAAGAAUGACUAUUGGAACUGGCCCAUUUACAAGUCCUAUCUCCCUGUGACCUGUGGACAGAAGGAGGGGACACUGAGCAGAGACAGACUGGCUAAAGGGGAGAAGUGCAUUUUGUUCCAGAAACAGUGGUUAACUCCCAAUGAAUUUGAGACGUUGGCAGGGAAGAAGAGCUCAAGGAACUGGAAGUUGAGCAUCCGAUGUAUGGGCAAGCCCCUGGGAAAUCUUAUAAAGGAAGGGCACCUGAAAUCAGCAAGCUACAAAAGAGGACGACAUAGAAAGGAAUCAAAACUGGCCAGCAGAUCCCUGUUCCCAUCUGACUCCAUCAUAAUCACAGUGUCUGAGGGAGAAGAAGACGAUGAAAAUGAGGAUGAGGAGGAUGAGCUGGAAAACCAGGAGAACCAGGUCUCUUGUAGUUCUGAAGAUGUCACAGAUGAAGAUGGAGACACUGGGGAUCAGACUGAGCAGCAGUCAGAGGCCGACCGUGACAGCAGCAAGAGAGUGUUCAAAGUGACAUGUGGAGAUUUAGCUGGGACCCUUCACCUAAAACGAUUUGCAUCAGGGACUUGUGGGAAGAGUAUUCGCACUGAGACGAGCUGGCUGAGCCCCGUGGAGUUUGUGAUGGAGGCAUCGUGUCCUCCAGACGCCACCUGGAAGAAAGACAUCAUAUGUGAUGGAAAACCACUCAGUGUCCUCAUAGAGGAAAAGACCUUGAUGAUCCACUCAUUGCUGUGCAAUUGCAGACUGUGCAGUCCAAAUGAUGAAGACCGGGAGAAUGAGAAGAACGAUGAUGAGUGUUACAUCUGUAGAGGUGAAGAAGAAGAAGCAGAGCUGGUUGUGUGUGAUGACUGCCCCCGCUCCUUCCACCAGAAAUGUCACCUGCCUCAUGUAGACGACGCCAUUUUGGGUGACAACAGACAAUGGAGGUGUACGUUCUGUGUAUACCAGACCACUCAAGACUGGCGUUAUAGCGAUGAGCUGGAAGUGGAACCAGCCAUGUACCGCCAAAUAUCACAACACAUGCUGGAAUGUCAGUAUCUCGUUCUGUGUCUGUGCAGAGCUGAUGAUGAACGGACUUUCGCUUUAGACCCAUGCCUCUAUUUGGACAGGUACUCCACUGUUAUCCAGACUCCGAUGUGGCUGGGUAACAUAGCAGAUAAACUCCAGGAGAAAGAAUACCAAACUGUGGGACAGUUUGUGUCUGACGUUCAGCUCAUUUUCACCAACUGUGCCUCGUACAACCAAUUUAAUCCUGAAUUUCUUGCCAUGGGCGACCGACUGAAGGAGUUAUUUAACAGUGAAUUUAAGAAAGUGUUCAACAUCCAUGAACAGUGUUGACUGAUAAACCGUGUUAAGUUUUCAAACUCUACUGGUAGCUAUUGGGAAAAGGUUAGAAAUAUGUAAAUACUUAAAAUUACAGUACUGCAGCGGUCAGCACUGUUGCCUCAUAGAAAGAAGUGUGUGUUUGCAUGGAUUCUCUCCAGGUACUCCAGCUGGUGACUCUAAAUUGCCUGUAGGUGUGAAUGAGAGUGUGAAUGGCUGGAUAUUGUGCCUUUAUUCUUCGACAUCUGUAUAAUAGGGACAGACGGCAUUUCAGAACAGGGGUGUGCACUGUGUGAUUUGAAAAUCUUAGGUGGCAGCAAACAUACAGGAGCCCAACACACAAGAUAUCUGCGAACUGGGGAGACAAAAUGUUCACAGCUGGCAAAGGCACCUCUGCUCUUUCAUCUGCCAUUGUUAUUUUGAAAGUAACACCACUCGGACUUGUAUGUUAUACAUGUCGUGCCUCUGAUUCUGGAAUGUUGGCAUGCUGUAUAAAGGCAAACACCAGGGUGGAAUUAAUGUGAAUCUUUUAACAAUCAAAGGCGGAUAUUCCUGGGACCUCUUAACGUCAGUAUUCCGGGAUCUCUGUGUAAGAGAGGGCUUAUAUGUCAGCCCUGCGAUAGACUGGCGACCUGUUUAGGUGCAAUGUCAGCUGGGACUGGACCCAGCCCUCCCGAACCUUAAGGGCUAAGCACUAUAGAUGAUGGAUGGAUGAAAAUUACAGUAAUGCUAAUAUGGUAGAUUUUCUUGACUUGUCCCUUGUAUUUAGUAAGAAAUUACCCAGGGGACUUUAACUUGUAUUAAAUCUUAAAUUAUCCAGAUGAACUUGCAAGGUUUUACACUGCAAAAUUUGAUUUGUAAGUUAAAGUGUUAACACAAGGAGGACACACUCUAUGACAUUUUGUUACAGUGUGCCCACAGUGGACAUGUCAUUUUGGGAUCAUCUUCAUCAUAGGACAUAAAAAGAUUUUCCCAGUGUUUAUUUUAAAGGUGCAAUACAGUGUUUAGAUUUUUCCUUUAAUGAUGUGACUAACAGGAAAAAAACCAAAGGCUAAAUAUUUCAGUGGUUUUCCUUCCGUACAAGUUUGUUUUUUAUUGCCAUGUUUCCCCGAGUCUGAAUGUAAAAAGCACCUGCAUCAUGCAAAACAUGAUGAUUUCCAUGUCACUACACAGUAAUUAAAGUACUCACUUGUGCUCUCUUGAA